AGUCAUAGUCUAGCCACUAAGACAGACGGUUGUAAGUUUCAAGAAAAGAUUUCUUAAAAGAUGAAACUCAAAAUCCAAGUCACUCUUUGUCUGAUAGUUGUCCUGAUUAGCCUUGUUUUGGCACAAAAGGAUCCUAUUUGCACUGAUGAACCUAAAGUGGAAGGAAAUUGUGAUGAAAGAAUCAAAGGAUAUUCCUAUAUUGCCGAUAGAAAUAGAUGCCGAAGACACCACUUUAGAGCCUGUAAUGUGACUGGCAACUUUUUCCACACCAGGGAUGGCUGCAAAUCGAAAUGCAUGGAUAACUCACAGCCCGAGGGAGAAAGUGGAUUCAUGUCCUUUAUAAACCGAACAAUGUCGCAGUUCCAGAGCCUCCUCAGUAGUCUCAUGAAUUUUGCUUCCUAAUCUUCAGUUCAUAUUUAUGAAAAUAAAGAUUUGAAGAUCAAAGUCUUUCUUUAUAAAAUUA